GAUGAAAACAUAUAAAAUUGAUGUAUUUUCUUUCUAAUAAAAAACGACAAAAUAAAUUAACAGAAUCAUCAGUUCAGAGGCGCAAAAAAAGCCAUUUAUCAUUUUAAUUUUCUUGUUUGGAUCCGAUCUGACCAACAAACAAAUACACAAAGUUGUUUCACUUUCUCUCAGUGAACUUCUAUUCUUUUUUAUUUUUCAAUUUUGAUUUGCUGUGUUGUUCAUCACUACUACUCAUGCAAGAUUGCUUAUUGUCUCCUCUUUAAUCAGUGCUGGAGUAGAGCUGCUUCAUGGAUUCAUUUGGCAAUGAAUUCGGCCCUUCUUCGAAGAUUCAGCUUUCAACAUCUAGUUUAGGGAAGGAUCCUGUGGUUCCGCGCCCUUCUCGGCCUCCAUCUGCAAAACAAUCUAGAUAUGAGGGAGCUUCAUCUACGUACUAUGCUGAUGUUUGCAAUCCUGGCAUGAAUCAUGUAAAUCGGAAGCACUCUUAUAAAGCUGCAAAUGAACCUGCACAGCGUGGAGAAUUGCUCAAUAUGGCCAAAACUUUUUAUAGUUCGCAUGAAGAAAAAUCUCGGUUUGCAGGUCCAAGUGAAGAUUUUGAUCAAUCAUCGGGAAAAUCUCCGGAGAAGAAGAUUUUGAUGGUAGAAGGAAAAUCUGUAGUUAAGCGUCCUAUUGGUGAUCCUGAUAGUUCUAAUUCAAGUGGCUCGCUUGAAUCUGAAAUUGUUGUCUCAGGUUUAUGUGAAGGAGAUGUCGAUCUGCUUAACAACCACAUGAUAUCUCAAUCAGCCGUAAGCUUUUGUUCAAGUCCUCCAAACAGUAUCUACACCGGUACUGUUUAUGCAGAGGCAAAGCAGAGUUUCACCAACACCGAAGUUAGUGAAGCAGCAAGUUUCAUUGAAAAACCUAGUGAAAGCGGUGAUAUAAGUAAUUCCUACGAUGGUGAGAGCAGGAAGACGAGUAUCCAUAGAGGCAGCACGGACAGUGAUGUGAGUGAUGAAAGCAGCUCGAGUAGUUUAACCAGUGCUUGGUACAAGCCCCAUAAAGCAAAUGAUAUAAGAUGGGAAGCAAUUCAAGUUGUCAGAACUCGUGAAGGAUCAUUAGGGUUGAGUCACUUUAAAUUGUUGCGGAGACUGGGAUGUGGCGACAUUGGCAGUGUCUAUCUAUCAGAAUUAACUGGCACCAGAACUUAUUUUGCGAUGAAAGUUAUGGAUAAAACAGCUCUAGCAGCUCGGAAAAAACUUCCAAGAGCACAAACUGAACGAGAGAUACUGCAAUCUCUGGAUCAUCCAUUUCUACCAACUUUGUAUACACAUUUCGAAACAGAAAAGUUCUCUUGCUUGGUUAUGGAGUUCUGCCCUGGAGGAGACCUGCAUGCUCUCAGGCAAAGACAACCCGGAAAGUACUUCCCGGAGCAUGCUGCUCGGUUUUAUGUUGCAGAAGUUCUUCUUUCUUUGGAAUAUUUGCACAUGCUAGGGAUCAUUUACAGGGACCUUAAACCAGAGAAUGUUUUGGUGAGGGAAGAUGGACAUAUAAUGCUUUCAGAUUUUGACCUUUCGUUAAGGUGUGCUGUCUGCCCAACUCUGGUCAAAUCAUCGCACGCAACCUUGGAGUCAAAGAAUUCAGCUUACUGUGUGCAACCAACGUGUGUAAUGCAGCCCGAUUGCAUCCAACCAGCAUGUUUUGGACCACGCUUCUUGUCAAAGAGCAAGAAAGAUAAGAAAGGUAAGCCCAAGAAUGAGAUUAACCGUCAAAUAACCCCUAUGCCCGAGCUUAUUGCUGAACCAACAAGUGCUCGAUCAAUGUCUUUUGUGGGCACACAUGAGUACUUAGCCCCUGAAAUUAUUAAAGGUGAAGGCCAUGGAAGCGCGGUAGAUUGGUGGACAUUUGGGGUCUUUCUUUAUGAGCUUUUGUUUGGUAAAACUCCUUUCAAGGGGGCAGGAAACCGAGCAACACUCUUUAACGUGAUUGGGCAGCCGUUACGAUUUCCAGAUUCACCUCCAGUGAGUUUUGCUGCUAGGGACUUGAUCAGAGGCUUACUAGUGAAAGAACCACAGCACCGACUUGCCUAUAGGCGGGGAGCUACGGAAAUUAAACAACAUGCAUUCUUUCAGAGUAUCAAUUGGGCACUCAUCCGGUGUACAAGUCCCCCAGACGUGCCAAAACAAGCCAUGAUUGAUCUUCUAAUGAGAUCUGAUGUGCCGAAAGGUCCAGCACCUGCUCCCGGUGUAGAUGUGAAGCCGUCAGGUAAUUAUCUAGAGAUUGAUUUCUUUUGAUUUCUGUGAUUAGUUUCCUUAUUAAAAACCGGCUUGUAUAGCCAUAUUCGUGUUGCGCCGUAAUGGUUCGAUCUAUCCCUUGAUAGCCUCUUAUGAAAAAACAAUGAGGAAAUGCAAAUGCAAUUAUCCCAGCAAAUAAUUGCUUCUCUUUCAUUUCUGUCAACUAUGGCUUAUCUCCAGUCCAUGUAUAGUAUAGAUUGAUUUUUUGCAUUUCAUUUGGUUUUUUGGUCCCAAUUCCCCCAAUGAAUGCUAGCACGUCUCAUGUAUUUACGUUGAUAUAACAAUGAAAAAUAUCAAGAUGCUUAAUUAUUUUGUA